AUGUCCCUCUACUUUGAUGCGGUCAACAUUCUGACCGAGCCAGCAUCCGGUGGCUCCUUCAAGUCCCGUAUAUACAGUGCUCGAGACCUACGUGCUCAACCCGCGCAGAUCUAUGCUUUGAUCAUUGAAGCAUCAAAAUGGGACCGGCUGUUAGCUGAGGUGAUUGAUCGUUCUGAGCUACUAAAGGUAGAACGAAAGUUAACACCCCUGCUUGCACUCCUCCUCGUCCAUGAUCUCUUGAUCGCGAAAAAGGGUAUCUCUGCCCCCACUGCCCAUACUAUCCGGCAAAAUGUUGAGAGGCACAAGGUCCGAUUAAAGGCAGAGUUUACGAAAGCGCGCGUGCGCAGGGGCUGUGCGACUGUUGAACAGCUGAAGGCUGCGGUUCUAAGGGAGAAGAGGGAAUUAAAUGGGACGGAUGAUUUUGUCUAUCCGCGCUGGGUGCGCGUGAACAAUAUUCGGUCUUCGCUGGAAGUACAAUUGAGUACGACAUUCUCGGCUUAUCGUCGUGUUGAUAGUUUGGCGGAAUUGGCGCAGGUGGAGGACGAUCGGAGUGCGCGACAGUUGAUUUACAUGGAUCCUCAUAUUCCUGAGCUCGUGGCUGUACCUUAUGGGGCUGAUUUCACUUCCUCCGCGGCUUAUAAGAAUGGAGAGAUCAUUCUGCAAGAUAAGGCAUCUUGUUUCCCUGCUUAUCUUCUGUUGGGUGAUCGUGGAAUGAAGGAUGCGUGGCAGGGUCACUUGGUUGAUGGCUGUGCUGCGCCUGGAAAUAAAACAACGCAUAUGGCAUCCCUUCUUGCAAAGCAAGAAAAGCAAAAGACACAAUCGAAGCAAAUUAUAUCCAUGGACGCAUCGAGAAUGCGAUCCAAAACGUUGAAGAAAAUGGUGGCCCAAGCCGGGGCGGACAACAUGGUCACAGUGCUUCAAGGUCAGGAUUUCCUAGCUCUUGAUCCGAUGGAUUCUCGCUUUGAGGAGGUCACGGGUCUUUUAUUGGACCCAAGUUGUUCUGGAAGUGGAAUUAUCGGCCGCGACGAUGUUCCUGAAUUCACACUGCCCCAGGCUGCGCCUUCCCAAGCUCCCAAUACACAGGGGAAGAAACGAAAACGCCCCGCAGAUGAUGAUCAGUCGAAAGAUCAGCAAAAGAAGGCUGCACCAAUUGCUUCAAAUGUCGCACCGGACCCGGAGGACGAAAAUGAUAUUCCCAGUGGUACUGUUGAUCAGGAGCGACUAGUGAAGCUCUCGAAUCUCCAAGCGCGAAUCGUGGAACAUGCUUUGACUUUUCCCAAUGCAACACACGUCACUUAUAGUACUUGUUCUAUCCAUCUGAUAGAGAAUGAGUCUGUUGUGGAACGUAUAUUGGCAUCUAAGGUCGCCAAAGAGGGCGGAUGGCGCUUACUGCGACGCAAUGAGCAACCGGAUGGACUGCGCAAGUGGCAACAUCGUGGAGUCCGGCGUGAUAGAGAUCCUGAGACAAAAGAGGAGGUCGGGUCUGACUCCCUUUCAGUGGACCUUUCAGACGAGGACCUGGAUGCUUGCUUGCGUUGUUGGUCUGGAGACGCAGAGGGACUUGGCGGAUUCUUCGUCGCUGGAUUUAUUCGUGAUCCCCAACUUGCAUCUAGUGAGGCUCUAGCUCAGAGUCCUCCUCAUGUUGAUGAUGCGGAAGGUGUCAAAAACAACAAAGAAGAAGAAGAAGAAGAAGAAGAAGAAGAAGAUGAUGAUGAUGAUGACAGCGAUGAUGAUGAAUGGGGUGGCUUUUCCGAUUAA